ACUACUUCUAUUACUCCGAUAUCAGAUAAAACAAGAUAGACCCUUACUACAGACAUACACACCAUCAGCAUGACUCUCGUACACAUUGUGCUCUUCAAAUUCCGCUCCAACGUCAGCGAAGAGCACAAAAAGACCUUCGUCACGGAACUGAAAAAGCUCAAGAGCCUCCCCAGUGUCAAGAAUGGUCGUCUCAUUGUCGGUGGUCCUAGCGUAACGGACCCGAUCGACCGCAGCAAGGGGUUCCAGAUCGGUUUGUUGAGUUAUCAUGAGAAUCUGUCCGCUCUGGCGGAGUACCAGACGAGUCAAGAGCACCACUGGGUGACGUCGACAUAUAUGUUCCCGUACAAGGAGGACCUCGUGCGGUUCGACUUCGAGGUGGACCCGGAAGAUGAGUACAUGUGUCAGUUUCCAGUAUUAAGCUAGGUUGGUAGAGACGAGAGUUGGUUGAUCUAGAAUUGAUGGGGCUGGUGUAUUUAAUAGAACACAACAAUAACA